CUAUGAUAUCCUAAAAAGGAGAUGCACCAGGUCAUUAAAGGGAGAGAUAUUCGGACCACAGGGAGAGCGGGUGAAUUGGAACUCACYAGGAGGAAUGSGACGAGCCRUUAUCAUGCUCAAUGGGUUAGAGAUAGCGGUCGURSAAGCUGAGCCGGUGGUCRAUAUCGUUUGGGAUCAACUGCGGGGCCGCGGGCCGCAGGUCAACUUUAUCUUGGAAAACGACGAACGUGAUAGGGUGAACGCAACCACUCGACUAGGAACGGCUGGCAGAAGGAUUAACCGUGACACCAUUAUGGAGGAGGUCGCCGGAAGCUCCGAACCCCAGGCAGAACCUGAGGCCGAGGAACCAGAGAAAGUCUAUGGGAAGCCUAGGGAAGAAGAGCCUACGGACAAAGUUGCCACCGCUAAGAAGAAGUUUCGUUAUCAAAUUCCGAUCUUGACCUUGCUUGAGCUCGACGACACCAUUAGCAAGUUACUAGGGACCAUGGUGUCAAUGUAUUUUCAGACGAUGCUGCAGGCUAGCCCUAGGUUGCUCAAAGGGCUUAGACAACUGUUGACUCGGCAGCGAGUAGAAAUAGGCGACAACCCCGAAAUACCAGAAGGGGAGAGGGAGGAGGAAGCUCCGCAAGAAGUGGCUAACCUUCAGAGGAGUCACGGGGACUUGGAGGAUCUCGAAAAAGACUUUGUCGACAUUCGUUUGAGCUUGCCCGACCGAGAGGGCGACGAAGUCAUGAGAUCACCACCCGGGACGAAGCUCAGCUUUCAUGCGCUGCCCGUAGGGAAACUGAAAAUCCAGAUCGGGAGUCAUCAUACCGACGCAUUAGUAGACGGGGGAGCAGAAAUCACUCUCAUAAGAAGAGAAUUCGCAACGAUCACGAGAUGUACGGUAAACAAGGAAGUAACAGGGAGCAUCCGGGGAGCUGGCGGGGAAAUCCCGUUCGCAGGGUACGUCACGAACUGCGCUGUAAAGGCAGGAGUCAGGGAAUCAAUCUGGUCGUUUCAGCGGAUGACCGUAAUGGAGGAAAUGGACCACGACAUGAUCCCCGGGAGACUGUGGUGCGCGAACGUGGAGAUGAUAGGCAUGCACUUGCAUGAUGGCUCAUACAUGAUAGACAUAGAGGACCCCGUGACCGGCCAGGGAGAGCUCCUUCGACCCCUUGGAAAGGGAGGAGACCCCCCGAAGGGAAAAUUGGCAACAUGGUCGCCGUCAUUCGAGGAUAGCACGCGAAAAGGGGCUUUCGCACGGAUGGAGGGUAUGAGAGAAAGGGUAGAAAUCAUGAUUGAGGAAGCAUUCAACAAGAAGGAGUGGAUCAAGAUGGGCCUGCCCCAGAAGAAGAGGAGGCAGGAGGAUGAAGUCCUGGGCGUUGUGGUAGCAGAAAAGGAAUCAGAGGUCGAACUUGGUGCUAGCCUACCCAAGCGGAAAGAAGUACGCCCAGACGUGCCAGAAGUUGCACUUGAGAUCCCCGACCUAUUACAACUCAUCAAGGCCCUCAGAUACCACAAGGAAGCCGGAUCCGGCAAAGACCGACAAGAUAUCACCGUGGCCGACACCACUGCGCACGACGAUGGAGGUAUAGAGAUCUCGUCUGACAGUGAGGGAGGGAAGGAAAAGGCAGGAGUGGAAGAAGGAGGCGAUGCAAGUAUGGGAGAUAAGGUCCAGGUCUCUGACGAGGAAGGCGCUAACAGGGGUAAACGACGUGAGACUUGGCGUGGGGAAAGCGAGGGGGAACAAGACAUGCGCGACGAACAUGAGGAGGGCGAUGAAAGAAGGGAAAGCCCGCUUGAAGGACGAAGCGGCCACGGCAGUUGUGAGGGGUAUGGAACGGGGACAGAGAUUCCUUUUACCUACGAUCCGAAGAACCUUGCAGGUGGGUAUAGCCCCAUACAGACAGAAGGCGAGGAAGACGAGGAGGAGGAUGUACGAGAAGUCAUAGAAAUCAGCAGCGGGGAUGAGAGGGAUGAGAUCUCGAGACCUAGGGAAGAGGGGCGGCCUCCGAUGCACCAGCCGGGCAACGGGGCUUUCAGAUGGGAGGACGAGUUUGGACCAACACCCAGUCAUUGGUUUCAGCGGUGGACCAAUGUGAUCAGGCACGAAUGGAUUGUCAAGACUCGGGAACUCGCAAGGGCAGGGGUGGAACCCACACCACUGGAUUUUUUUAGCGAGGCAGAGUUACGGAAAAUUGUAAAGAUAAGGAGGGAAAUCGAGACCUUCGGCCUGGGGGUUAGACAGCCAGCUGAGGAACAGGGUGGACCAAGAAACGAGCAAGUCGAGGCGCAAGACAGCAAUAGGCAUUAGAUGUUGAUUGAGUGUUGGGCAAGAAUCCUGGGUUUAUUUCUCAAUUGCAAAACAUUGGAGCAGAAUGUGCAUAGUAUGAG